AUGUCUUCUCAUAAAUCACUGGUUGGAGAUAACAGUAGUGUUAAAAAAGCUACUACUGACUAUCAUGAAGAUCAGAGACAUCAGCAUUAUCCCGAAUCGUAUUCAUCCCAUUUCCAUUGGCUUUGUUGGAGCGUCUUGGCAUUAAUGAGCGGCCUAUUCAUCCAAGCGUCGGCCGGCUUGAUCACAGUUUCUUUCGUUGGUCAUUUGGGAACGAAUGAACUAGCUGGCAUGUCUCUGGCGCAAAUGAUUGAACGUUGUUCAAUCAUGUGUUUAUCAUUUGCAAUGGCUUCCGCACUAGAUACUCUAUGUGGACAAUUCUGGACGGGUGCCCAAGACAAGAAAGCGAUCGGAUUGCAGCUUCAACGUGCUUGUUGUAUUUUCAUGGUGAUCGCAGUACCUAUUUAUAUGGCUUGGUUUGUCAGUUUGGCAUUGCUACGACAUGGAGGAUUCGUAGAUAUUCAGGCUGCUCGUUAUGCACGCACUUAUUUGCUUUUUUGCAUACCGGAAAGCUUGUUAUUCGGGGGAUCACGUAUGAUUUGCGCCUAUCUACAAGCUCAAGGAAUUAUGCGCGUAGGAUUGUAUGCAGCAGCUCUCGCAGGACUUCCAUUGACCAUUGCUGCAAACUACAUUUUAGUGAGCGGUGGCAAGGAAGGCGCAUAUUUUCCAAUGAACUUGGGUAUCCAAGGCGCUGGGAUGGCCGAAACUAUCUCUGCAGCAGGCAUUUUUAUCUUCAUGAUUAUCUACAGUCGUUGGGUUGCUGGGUCACAAGGCUGGGGUGGGUGGACCAGAAAAUGCCUAUACGGAUGGGCACCGAUCAUACGACUUUUGGUCCCCAGCACAUUUAUUUUGCUGCUUCAACUAGCCGUUCCUCAACUAUGCACCUUGGCCGCAUCCCAUUUUACUACUGGUGGUGAUGAUGGUACAUCAUCCUCUGCACUGCUAGCAGCUCAUUUUGUCUUGGUCAGCACCAAUGUUGCGUUCCUGUCUUUUAGCGCUUCCUUAAAACAUGUCAUGACAACCCGUAUAGGCAACUUAAUGGGCAUGGGCAGUUUAAAAGAUACCAAGCGUGCCAUGUGGGUUGGUUGUUGCCUAGCAAUGACAGGUGGUCUCACGUGCGCUACAAUUCUGAUGGCGUGCCGACACAGAUACCCGUAUUUCUAUACUACCGACAAGAAUACUGUACAGAUCAUCGUUCAGACCAUACCGGUGGUGUGCUGUGGUCAGCUUGUUACGCCUUGGAGUUUUCUUGCGACUGGAGCAGCGUACGGUGUGGGCCGUCAACGAGUAGUAGCACUGGUGACUUUGGUGUCGUACUUUUUGGUCGGUGCUCCUCUAUGCUAUUACUUUGCUUUCAUUCUCGGUUGGUCCGUGUUUGGCCUUUGGAUCGGAUUGGUUGCGGCUGAAGUUGCUGUUGCUGUAAUCCUACUUUUCUAUCUGCAACAGGUGGUGGAUUGGACGGCAGAGGCUCAUAGAACUAUGAUGAGGAUAACAAAAGAAUAA